AUGGCAAUGGCCGAUCCCGACGCUGACUUAGUGCUGUCAGCGUCUGCUGGCGUCUCUUCCAUCCCGCUGGUGCGAAUGCGCCAACAAGACGGCAUUCGGAUGCCCCAGGAUGACUGGACCGGCGUCACAAAUCGAGAAUCUCGGAGGAAGCUCCAAAAUCGGUUGAACCAAAGGGCCUAUCGUGCGAGGAAGACUAAUGGCGUUCGUAAAGCGCCAAAACAGCGGGACAGCUCUGUCUCAUUAAAAUCAGCCAUAGAUUCUCUAUCUCCAUCACUGCCGAACAUAAAAAAGGAGGCGGUUCAAGAAGAGACCGAUGAUGGACAGACGGCUACUUAUUGCCAUACCCCACCAGCAUAUCGUAUAGCGCAACGCCGUUUUGAAGCUACAGUCUACAAAAGUUACUUGCAAGGGUCGCCUCAAUUGGAACAUUUAAUCAAUUUGAGCCGCCUAAAUGUCCAUCGAGCGAUACAAGAUAAUAUUAUUGCUAUUGGAAUGACUCCAAGCUGGAUGUGCGAUGACGACUCGAUAUCGAUCUUCAACCUUGCAGUACCCGGCUUCUCCGAAGAUAACAUCCCGGCAAGCUUGCGUCCGACUUCUAUCCAGCGAAAAAUUCCGCAUCAUCCGUGGCUAGACUUUUUCCCAUUUCCACGUAUGCGUGACAAUCUAAUCAUAGCCGGUGAUACGUUUGACGAUGAAAAAUUGUGCCAUGAUUUAAAUGCUUUCUGGGAUUCGAGGAGCACGGCGACGAGCCUCUUAGUUUGGGGACAACCAUGGGAUCCAAUGAACUGGGAGAUCACCGAAUUUUUUAUUAGAAAGUGGGGAUGGUCGCUUAAAGGUUGUGCAGAACUUUUAGCGUCGACUAAUAGAUGGAGGAGGCGACGUGGAGAGGAGCCGCUAAUUUAUAGUCGCGUACUAGAAUUGGAUUGA